AUGCUCAAUAUCAAAGCCUUGACCGAGCUACUCUCCCACAAUCGCGACGACCGGCUCUGCAAGACAUGGUAUGUAAUGACCAUCAACGGCACCCUCCUAGCCCAUAGUCAACCCGUGCGCAUCAACGAUCUCCGUCGCCAAGCAGCCAUGGCAGCCCUCUCAUGGCAGCGCUACGACAACAGCGCGCACGCGGCCGACCAAAUCUCAGACGAAUUUGACCGCGACUCACAAGCCGAAGAAGGAAUGGUUGGAACUCCACUACGAGCGCUGACUAUUGAAUCGGAGACCUCGAACGUCAUCAUACGCAAAAUUCAACCUAGUCUACUGCUCGUCCUCGAAGGCGGGAUCCCUCCUGGGCGCGUGAGGCCGACGAGCCGUUUCACACUUGAGAGUGAGGAUGGAACGGAGAGGUCGGUCGAUGCGAAUGGCGAAGAUCUCGAGCGAGCGGAUGCUAGUAAAGUCUCUAGCAGCGUGUUGCAAAGGCAGAGGAGCAAGCUCGACGCGCUGUCGGCCGUGAUUGUUCGAGACUUUGAACAUAGUGGCUUCCGGAUGCCUGAUGAUCCUGGCUUGAUCAUUUUCUAA